CGCGAGCCCUGCCCGUACCGCAUUUUGGACGACAUCGGCGGCGCCUACGCCAUGGGCGCCGUCGGGGGCUCGAUCUGGCACUUCGUCAAGGGCUGGCGCAACGCGCCGAAGAACCAGGGCUUCAGCGGCGCCAUCGAGCAGGUCAAGGUCCGCGCGCCCGUCGUCGGCGGCAACUUCGCCGUCUGGGGCGGGCUCUUCGCGUGCUUCGACUGCUCCCUCGUGGCCGUGCGGCACAAGGAGGACCCCUGGAACUCGAUCCUCGCCGGCGCGGCGACGGGCGGCGUCCUCGCGGCCCGCGCGGGGCCCAAGGCCGCGGGCAAGAACGCGCUGGUCGGGGGCGUGUUGCUCGCGCUCAUCGAGGGCCUCGGCAUCCUCAUCACGAAGAUGAUGGCG